GCCUCGCGCGCCCCCCGCCUCAGGCCGCCAUGGCGGCGGCGGAGGAGCCGUCCUGCUGCGCCCUCAGCCUGGCCGAGCCCCCCGGCUCCGAGCCCCGCAGCUGCAGCGGGCUCAUCCUCACCCGCCGGCCCGCCCUCGUCCUCUGCCACGCCGCCGUGUUCUCCCCUUUCCUGCGGGACGGACCCGCUGCCUGGGGGCGGAGCGGCCUCCUGAGGCCCGAGGCCCUCAAACCCGGCCUGCGCCUCCUCGUCCUGCACCGCCGGGAUGGCGGCCUGCGGCAGGAGGAGGCCCGGCUGCUGGGCCUGGUGCCCUGCCGCCCCUUCCAGCAGGCGCUGGAGCGGGCUUUCGGCCCGGGCGAGCGGUGGCGCUUCGGCGGGGAGGCGGCGGGGGAGGAGGAAGGGCAGGCCCUGCACUGGUUCGCCUGGCUGCGGGUGCCCGGCCUCGACACCCCCGGGGGCCGCUGGACGGCCCGGGCGAGCGCCAGCCUCCUGAGGAAGGGCGAGGGGCUGGGGGCCUGCGGGCCCCGCAGCUGCAGCGGGCUCAUCCUCACCCGCCGGCCCGCCCUCGUCCUCUGCCACGCCGCCGUGUUCUCCCCUUUCCUGCGGGACGGACCCGCUGCCUGGGGGCGGAGCGGCCUCCUGAGGCCCGAGGCCCUCAAACCCGGCCUGCGCCUCCUCGUCCUGUACCGCCGGGAUGGCAGCCUGCGGCAGGAGGAGGCCCGGCUGCUGGGCCUGGUGCCCUGCCGCCCCUUCCAGCAGGCGCUGGAGCGGGCUUUCGGUCCGGGCGAGCGGUGGCGCUUCGGCGGGGAGGCGGCGGGGGAGGAGGAAGGGCAGGCCCUGCACUGGUUCGCCUGGCUGCGGGUGCCCGGCCUCGACACCCCCGGGGGCCGCUGGACGGCCCGGGCGAGCGCCAGCCUCCUGAGGAAGGGCGAGGGGCUGGUGGCCUGCGGGUCCCCCUUCGGAGCCCUCUGCCCCGACCUCUUCCUCAACACCCUGAGCAGAGGGGUGGUGAGCAACCUGGCGGGCGAGGAGAACGCCCUGGUCUUGACAGACGCGCGUUGCCUGCCGGGCACCGAGGGCGGCGGGGCUUUCCUGCCCUCGCCCGCCGGGCUACGUUUGGUGGCCGUCAUCGCCGCUUCUUUCUGCUGGAAGGGCGCUGAGUGGGUCGGGCUCACCCUCCUCUGCUCCCUGGCCGCCAUCCUGCGGAGCAGCGCUAGCCUCCUGGAGGAGGUUGGGGUGGUGGUGCCACCAGUGCCAGGGGGUUUGGCCACCGUGGAGGCAGGAAGCGGGCAGGACCCCCUGGGCUGGGUGGCAUUUGUGGAGUGUGGGGCCACGUGGGGCUCGGGGGUGCUGCUGGCCCCCCGCCUGCUCCUCACCUGCCGGCACGUGGUGGAGGCGGGUGACACGGUCCGUGUGACGCCCAGCCGGGCUGCCACCGUCCUCAAGGGGCGCGUGGUGUUUGCCACCGAGGAGUCGUCCCCCUUCGACGUGGCGGUGGUGGAGCUGGAGGAGACCGUGCCAGGCUUCGUCCCCGCCUGCCUGGCGGACACGUUCCUCCCAGGAGAAGAGGUGACCGUGGUGGGCUUCGGGCCACUGGGGCGGGCGUGUGGCCCCUCGGUGACGGCGGGGGUCCUCUCAGCCGUGGUGGCGGUGGCCGGGCGACCCGUCAUGCUGCAGACCACCUGUGCUGUCCACGGGGGCUCCAGCGGUGGCCCCCUCAUCUCCUCCCGCAGCGGACGCCUCCUGGGGAUCGUGGCCAGCAACACCCGGGACACCAGCGUGGGGUCCACCUACCCCCACCUCAACUUCUGCGUCCCCAUCACCGUCCUGCAGCCCCCCGUCACCCGCUACCACCGCACCGCUGACCCCAGCGCCUUCGCCGGGCUCAACCGGGCGGGCGAGGGGGUGCGGGCAGCGUGGCGGCUCCAGCAGCGCCCGGGACCCCCCAGCAAGCUCUGACACCCCCCCCUU